CUCCCAUCUCAUCAAAAAACAAAACAAAACCAAUGCCUUUUUUCCUCUUCCGAUUUGAAAAUCUAAUUUAAUCCGCGCUCUUGUUUUAUCCUCCUCCAGCAGUAAUGAAUCAUCAGCGUCGUCGCGGCCAACGCCGAGCCCAGAAAAAGGAACGCGGAAAGGUGGGUAGCGAGGCGGCGGCAUCAGCCAGCAGCAGGCCGCCGCACAGCGAUGUGAGGAGGCGGAUCCGCGAGGGGAAGAAUCCGCACCCACGCGCACGCACCUAACUGGCGAUCUCCCGGCCCGAGCGGUUCGUCUCGUCCGUUGCUCCGCGCCCACCGAUCAGCACCCAUUCUCGCCGGGUUCAGUUGUGGCGUGAGCUGAGGUCCGGGAGCUAGUUAUCUCUUCAGCCAUGUCUCAGAUCCAGAGCACCUCGCCGCAGAACUGCACGCUCCUCGCCGUGCUGUGUGGGAAGUUUGCCGAGAAGCAGCGGACACCGGCUCGCCUGUCGCCCGAGGGGAAGCGGGUGCGCCUGUCGUACCCCGUCCCGGAGCUUUGCUCGUCUGGGAGAUUGGAGGUGCACACGCUGAUCAAUCCCACGGUAGAGCAAUUUAGAGAGGCGCAGCGGGCGGUGCAGCCCAACUUGUUGUAUCUCCAGGGGCAGCAACUAGAGAAUGAGAAGGAGAUUGGUACACUUGUAUGGGGCGAUGAUGAUGUAUCUGACCCGCAGACGAUUAGCUCACUCAUUAGGCCACCGUUUCCGACCAUAGUUUAUUUGGAAGUUCCUAUUGGAGAAAAGCUUGCCCAAGCAUUUCAUUCAAAGGGGAUACCAUAUGUAAUAUAUUGGAGGAAUUCGUUUUCAUCUUAUGCAGCAUCUCAUUUUCGCCAUGCGUUGAUGUCAGUGGUGCAAAGUUCCUGCAGCCAUACUUGGGAUGCAUUUCAACUCGCACAUGCCUCUUUUCGACUAUACUGUGUAAAAAAUAACCAUGUGCAAAGCGUUAAGCUUGGGCCUCGUCUACUAGGGGAUGCUCCAAAGAUAAAUAUCAUCCCUCCUGAGCAUGAAAUGGAUAAGGAAGAAGGUUGCUCUGAAGCCUUUCCGGCUAUUAAAAUCUAUGACCAAGAUGUGAACACGAAGUUUCUUGUCUGUGGGGUGCCAUGCACGCUGGAUGCAUUUUUAUUGGGCUCAAUAGAAGAUGGUUUGAAUGCUUUGUUGAAUAUUGAGAUUCGUGGGAGUAAACUUCAGAACCGAGUCAGUGCUGCUCCUCCACCUCUUGAAGCAGAGACUCUUUCACAUGGGGUUGUUACAAUGCGUUGUGAUAUCACAACCUGCAGUUCUACACAUGUGUCACUUCUUGUUUCUGGCAGCGCUCAUACUUGUUUUGAUGAUCAGCUACUGGAGAGCCACAUCAAGAAUCAAAUUAUUGAGAAGAGCCAGCUAGUUCGUGCUCUAUCAAAUAGCGAGGAUAAAAAGCCAUCUUCAGCUGAGCCUUUGAGUUCCAUGUCCAUGGCUUGUGGAGCUUCCACUUUUGAAGUCUGGAUGACCCUCCCUAAGUGGGCAGCACAGGUUUUGAAACAUCUUGCUCCAGAAGUCUCUUACAAAAGCUUGGUUGCACUUGGAGUUGCUUGUGUAAAUGGUACACCAGUGUCUUCAUUUGAUAGGCAAGAUGCAGACCGGCUUCUUUUCUUUUGCACGAACCAGUGCAAAGAUCAAGUUAUUGAAAACAGACCAUAUCACCAUCUACCAAGAUGGUCGGCGUCCCUUACGAAGGAUAGAAUGAAUAGAAGUCUAGAGUCAAGACAAAUUUCAUUCGGUGCAAAUGGAGUUGUAGAGGACAAGAAGCGUCUGAUGGAAGGGUCUUCCCUAUCAUCAUUCAAGCCUGGGUUAAAGCCUGCAACAAUGAGACCCAUUCCCCACUCUCCCAGGCGACAAAUGCAUCCUUUUAUCAGUUUCCCUCAGUCUAUGAUUAAUGAUGCUAGUCAAGUUAAGCCUAGCUUGCCAGCCCCUCCGCCAUUAAAGCAUAAUAUGAUACCUGUUGCCCCAGCAUCUCAGAGGAAAUCUUCAUCUGGAGCAUUGCGUGUUCAACCAGCAAUUCCAUUGAAUCCUCUGCCAAUGAAGAAACACGGAUGCGAUCGGUUGCCUAUCCGAGUUUGCUCUGAAGAAGGCUUCUUGAAAGAUGUCAUGCAGUUUCUACUUCAGAGGGGCCACACCCGACUUGUACCUCAAGGAGGAAUGGCUGAGUUUCCUGAUGCAGUCUUAAAUACAAAGCGCCUUGAUUUAUAUAACUUGUACAAAGAGGUGGUAUCCAGAGGUGGCUUUUAUGUUGGCAACGGCAUAAAUUGGAAAGGCCAAGUCUUUUCAAAGAUGCGCAACCAUACUGUUACAAACAAAAUGACGGGUGUUGGGAACACGCUAAAAAGGCACUACGAGACAUACUUGCUGGAAUAUGAACUUGCGCAUGAUGAUGUCGAUGGGGAAUGUUGCUUGCUUUGCCACAGUAGCGCUCCGGGUGAUUGGGUGAACUGUGGGUUGUGUGGAGAAUGGGCCCACUUUGGUUGUGAUAGACGGCAAGGACUGGGCACUUUCAAGGACUAUGCAAAGACAGAUGGGUUGGAAUACAUCUGUCCCCACUGUAGCGUCGCAAAAUAUAAGAAGCCACCACUGCCCGUAAGAGUAGGCAAUGGCUUCGCAAACAUGGCAUCUGCAUAAGGAAGUAUAACGAAUAUGGUAUCUGCACCACGAAAUGUUUAACUUUUGCUCUUUUUUCUUUUGGCGUUUUGUCGGUGAUGGGGUGGCUAGACUAUAGUGGCUAAACAUGUCUAGUGCUGAUGUACUAUCUGAUUAAUCUGGUUCACAUAGGCUCCAAUGUUAUCUAUAGCUUGUAAUCGCUGACAACUCGGUAAGUUUUAAAUUAAUUGAUCAGUUCACAUGUA